AUGCGUGACUUUCCCGGGAAGAUGACUGUUCAUUCGCAUUCACAAUUACAGUUCAAUCCUAUGCUUCUGCUUUCAUACCUUGUAAUGCAGGGGCAAUUUCGUGACUAUUUCUUCAGUGGUCCCGCUGUGGUCCUCACAAACCAGAUUCUGCCAAAAUCGCACUAUUAUAAAAGAGGGCAAUUUCAAUCGAAUGGGGAUAAAGAACCUAGGUUUGAAAGCAAAAUAAGGGAAUGGGUACCUAAAUCCGUCGUCUCCUUCAGAGCUCCGUCGUCUCGCUCCGUUGUCUCCUCGCCAGCGCUCCGACGCUUCGUUCGCCAAAAUCCCCGGCCUGGGAAUGCACGGCCGGGAGCAACGCUAGCCUUUUCCGGCUUUCACAUGACGAGGGACGAAGCCGGCGCCGUUGAUUUUGGUUCUGUGGUGGGCGAUGGGUUUGGGUUCGCCGGAGUCGUCGAUGGCUUCUUCUUUGAGGGAGAAAAUCGAACGGGGAGAUUGGGUGGAAGAGAGUGA